AUGGCUGAUGCACUCAUCUCCAUGCUUCUGGAGCAAUUGACUUCAGUAGUAUAUAACUACACAAAAGAAGCAGUGAAACUGGUUUUGAAUGCUGAGAAAGAUGUUAAAAGUUUUAGCAGCAAGCUCAAAGCUAUCCAGACUGUGCUAGAGGACGCAGAGAAGAAAAAAGUGAUGGCAGAAUGGUUGGAGAAGCUGAAAGAUGUUGCGUACGAGAUGGACAAUGUGCUUGAUGAGUGGAACACUGAACUUCUCAGACAACAAGUGGAAGAGAAGCAAGAUGAAGAAGGUGACAAUGCUCUUGUUACCAAGAAGAAGGUAUGUUUCCCCAUGCCCUCAGGUUGCUUUUGUUUUGGCAAAGUCACUAAGGUCAUUCGUCGUCACAACAUUGCUAAAAGGAUAAAGGAACUAAAUGAGGAGUUAACUUUGAUUGAUGCUGAAAGAGAAAAGUAA